CUCUGUACUUGUGUGAUUCUGAAUGCUGGCUACACCUUCUCUGAAAAAAACAAAAAACCUCAAGCAUCCUCCUUAUGUUUUGGAUCUCAGUUUAAAAAACAAACAAAAAACUUUUGCUCUUUAGGGCAAGAAUUCCCCAGCUUAUGUUAUCGGGCAUCAUAAAACCCUGUGACCGUUGGAGUUACUGAUUAACGCCUAUCCCUGCCUUGGGUUUUUUGGUUUUUUUUAAAAUGACAACCACCACGACGUCACUGCCUUUCCCGGAGCAAGCGGGAUGUUCGGAGAGCAAACAAAGCCUUCGCUCUGUGUUGGCCGGACAAAGCGCCUUUAUAAAAGGAGCUUCCAAAUGCACACAUGCUGUGCUGUCGCUGAGGCUGCCAUUGUCUCCUAUGGAAGGCUCCGGGGAUCACUUACAUACUGAGAGCGAAACUGUCUCUCCAGGCAGGGAGACAGGGCAGCUGGGGAUGGCAGAAGGUGAAGACGCUGUGGAAAUGGACGUGCCAGAGACAUCCAAAGGGCCGAUACACCAAGAGGAGGGUGAUCCAUUAGAUGAGGCUGAUCCUACAGAAGAGGGCAAGGGUUGCUGUUCCCCUGCCGCGGAAGGCCCCGAUCCAGAUGCUGCCCAGUUAGGCACUCCAGAACCGGUGCCCUCAGCACCCUUGGAGCCGCCCGCUUUGACGGAGACUUCUGUGCCGCCAGUGGCCGACCUGUGCCAUCCGCGCCCCUCCAAAGUCUCACUGGCCGAGAUGGAUUGCCUCAUCUGCUUCAACCAGUACAGCGCCUGCCGCCUGCCCAAAGUCCUGGCCUGCCAGCACGUCUUCUGUGCCGUCUGUUUGAAGCUCAUCCUGCGGAACGAAGACCACACCUGGGUCGUCAGCUGCCCGCUCUGCCGGAAGGCCACCGUCGUUUUCGGAGGCCUGAUCUGCAGCCUUCACGACAAGGAGGACGUGGUGGGCCGGCUGGGCAGCCCUGGCCUGGACACCGAGGUCCCCUGUCCGCCAGACCCUUCUGGCACCAGCCUCACUGAUGGCCACCCCGCCUCUGAGAAUGAUGCCAUCAGGGAACCAAGCCGGGCAGCGGCUAAGAGGCUGGUGCUGCUCCUGCUGCUGGUGGCUGUCCUUAUCGUCCUGGUCCUCCCCUUCAUGUACACGGGGAUGUUGAAGUGGAUGCUGUGCUCUGUGGUGGUCCUGGGGCUCAUCAUGUCGGUGCUGCUCUGCUGCAACCCCAGCUGGAGCUGCCCAGAUCUCUUGCGGUCUCCCUGGAGGUGGAAGGAGAGACAGGAGGCUUGAGAAGACCGCCAUGCUGUGGUUUCCUUAUUCGCGGGUCAGGAGCAUUGCAUGGGCCCCAUCUACGGAUCCCGUGCGUUUGGGGAACGUCGUAGCGGUUGAGGUUUCUCACUCGGGGCCCUUGUGCCAGGGCAUCUGUCGUCCGCUGCUGGGAGAAGGACCGACAGAGGCCUUCCUUCUUUGGGUCAGCGUACAGAUCAGGCAGAGGCCCGUCCUGUCACUGGACCAGAGGGUGAGGAGGGUGGAGAGUUUGCUAACACAACCCCUGAUGCCUGUUCCCGUUGAGGCACAGCCCCGCAUGCCCCACAGCGGGAGCCUACAGAGAGACACAAACACAGCUCCCUGUUGAGUUUUGGGUGGUUUCACCCAAAGAUCGCCUGCCUCGCUGAAUGAUUUGUUGUUGCCGGAGAAUGUCUGGCUCUGUUUCGCUGCAAGGCAACCGAACUUCUGGCUUGAAGAAAGCGGGGUCGGACCUCUCCGUAGAGCGUGGUCAGUGGCUGUUAAGCAUGUCAACUAAGUAGAACCUCCACGUGCACAUGCAGUCUACCUGUGAAUGCUGAAAGGCCAAUAGCAAAGGCUGCUGCUUUCACGUUCUGCUUCUCCAGGGGCAUCUGACGGGCUGCUGUGACCACAGGAUGCUGGACUAGAUGGGCCUAGAUCAGGGUUGGGGGAGCAUCUGUGGUCUUCUGGAUAUUGCUGGACCACAAAUUCACACCACCCCCUGACCAUUGGCCAUGUUGACUGCAGAUGAUGGGAGAUAGAGCCCAACAAAAGCAGGAGGGUCAUGGGUUAGCCACCCCUGGCUUGGACGGAUCCAUCAGGACUUCUCUUAGGAUCCCCUUAAUGCAGAUUACCUGCUGUUUAAUUCCCCUGAUUGUCCUUGCAGUUGGGCGUUGUUUUUAAAGAGUGUUUUUUCCAUCAAGAUGAAAUUGAGAUUCCUCUACCUUUCUGUGUGAAAAGGGUUGACUAUAGCAGGGAGCUCCAGCGGCCACCAAGCCCCAGUGGUCAGGGAUGAUGAAGGGAGCUGGAGUUCCCCAUCCACGGAUUAAGUAGCCAGAAAAGGCUCAGUCCUCCAGGUAUCAUUUAACGCAAAGUAAGGGUGGAUCUUUAUGGGCAUCAUUUAAUGCAAAAUGCAAAAGGGCUUGUUCCUCUGUGCCUGUUAUUUCUGCAAAGAUGUCGAUGAACUAAAGAUCUGUGAUGGUAAAUACAGCACAAACACAACUCGGGUAUCUCUGCAAAUAAGGGCAGUUGAAACACUCAGUAUUAUCAAAAUGUACUGUGUUUUCAUUUUUACAAAAUAGUGUAUAUAUUUAAUAGGUUUUCAUAUGUAUAAAUAGACAAUUUGUCUUGUGAGUUUGUCUCUCUGUCCUUUUGUUUCUUUCUCCCUGCUCCAAAUGUGACAAAGUACCUGCCAUCACCAACAAGAUAUGCUGUUACUCCCCAGUGACUAGUUAGUAGAAACCUAACUGGCCCAUUCUGUAUGGAAGGAAAGCACUUUAUCUGUGUUGAUCUCUGGCUGUGACACAGACAUUGUUGAAGGGAGAAGAGGCAGAGCAUACAAGAUUUGUUGGAACAGCUUAUCACUGCUCUCAUGCCUCUAACUGCAGCAUGAUCCUCAACCUAACCCACAAUUGCUUAAUUCCCACGCUGCAAUGAACAUUACCACCUGAUUCCUGCAGGCUAAGCUGCUGUUAAAGGCACAAGAGCACUCCAGAGCAGCUUUUAUUUCUGGUCAGUUGGCAACCUUACAUCAAGGUUCAAAGGCACAUUUUCUCUGCUGAGUCCAUUACACUUAACAGCGCAAUCUGGUGCACUUAAAUCAACUGCGUUCAGUGGUUCCUCAACUGCCUACUUUUCAGGAUUUGUAACUAACUCUUUGUCACAAUUUCCAGAAACCUGAUUGGCUGAGUCGUGGGAACCUCUGAUUGGCCAGAGGCCUUAUAUAAACUGCCGUGCUACUGAGUGAAGGUUCAGUAGUGUGGGGAGCUCCCUGAUUGCUCAUCAGCUAUGGGCAAUGCAUUCCCAUUAGCUAUCACAGCCCACCUAAUAAUAUCCUUCCUUUACGUGCGCCCUCCCCAAAUAUUGGACUACAACUCCCAUCUGCCCCAGGGACAAAGACAGGUGUUGUCAGGCUCCUCCAGGUGAGCUGCUUAUUCAGAUCAUCCUGAUUUGCUUACACCAAAGCUUAUGUGGAGAUUAGAUUGCAUUUGUUUCCGUUUGCUUGUGGAGAGGCUGUAAGCCUUCCUAUUAAUCCUUCGCUCAUCUUUCCAAUGCGUUUCUCGGUCACUUUUAGAGGGGAACCUCCCAAAUCUGCACAUUCCGAAAGAAUGAAACACAACCAACCUUUGAAAUUAGCACUUCUCUGAUUUUUUGCAAUGCAGUUCUCCCCUCAAGUAAUUUGUACAAAAACCACAGGUGUUGGUGUAAAGCGUGCAUAAAAAUGCAUAUUUAACUGAAAACAACACACACAAUGCACUGUAUUAAGGGGAAUCGCAUAGCAAAAAGGUGUAGAUCAAUAGUUCCCAAA